AUGAAUACAGGAAAAUAUCAGUCCGAAUCUUUAUCUUCAACUAUGACUGUCUGCAAUGCAAGUCAAAAUCAGAAUAUAGGAUUUUUUCUGAAUGGUUUCCCUGGACUGAAUGAAAUGCAACAUUGGCUUUUGAUUCCUUUCUUUAUUAUGUUUUUAGUAGCAUCUGCUGGUAAUAUAUUAGUCCUGUUAGUUAUAGUAAAAGAGCACCAUCUACACGAACCCAUGUAUUAUUUUAUUUCUAUAUUAUCAUCAGUUGAUCUUGUUACAGAUAUCAUUCUUCUGCCUCAGGCAUUAGUGGUACUGUGGUUUGGUUCUUACCCUGUACAUUUGGAUGCCUGCCUUGUGCAAAUGUUUUGUAUUUGCUUUGCUAUUAUCAUGGAAUCAUCUGUGCUCGUAUUAAUGGCUUAUGAUCGUUACAUUGCUGUGUGUAAACCUUUACGAUAUGCAUCAAUAGUGACAAACGAAUUUGUAUUUAAAGGCACCUUACUUGCUGCAGUAAGGAGUAUUUGUGCUGUGCUGCCUAUACCGAUACUUGCUAGGACAUUACCGUACUAUACUACGACAAUUGUUUAUAAUGUUUAUUGCGAGUACCUUGCAGUCAUCAAUGUAGCAUGUGCUCAUAAUGUCAUGAGUAAUAGUUACUUUUUCAUUUUACUUGUUCUAGGAGGACUGCCUGAUGCAGCAUUAGUUGGACUGUCCUAUUACAUGAUUAUCACAACUGCAUUAAAACUGAAAUCAAGGGAAGCUCAAAGAAAGUUACUUAGCACAUGCAGCUCUCAUGCCCUUGUGAUUGCAACUUUUUGUCUUUUAGGGAUGCUCUCUUUUAUAUUACUGUUUGUUGAAGAUAAGAUGCCUGCAUAUAUCCGUGUUCUGUUUUCAUUUUUGUUUAUUAGCCUUCCACCAGCAUUGAAUCCUCUGAUAUAUGGUAUCAAAACAAAAGAAAUUUGGAGUGCAAUAAUUAAAACAUUUAAUAAAUUUGUAAAAUAUUUGUAG